GUUUACUUUCAUAACCAACCGUGUGUCGCGUUGUCACUUUUCAGCACAAAACAAAAAUUGGAUCCUGCAGAAAAAAUUUAGGACUAAAACAGGAAUAAAUCGAAAUAAAAAUGACAAAAACCACUGAGAAGCCACAAUUUGUUGAGGAGGCCGUGAAAAUAAACAAAUGGGAUGCCACUGCUGUUAAACAUGCUCUGGAUGAUGCCGUUAAAAAUGCCCUCUUCUCCACCCGUCCUCAAUUGAAGGAACAAUUUGGUUUAAUCAAUACCCGCUUGGUGUUUUGCAUCCUGGCUGUUGGUGUUGCUGUUCUGGCCCAUUGUUGGGACUUUACACAUCCAUUCCCCGAAUCGAAACCCGUUUUAAUGUUAUGUGUUAUUGCUUAUUUUGCAUUGAUGGGUAUUCUCACUUUGCACACCACAUUCCGUGAGAAGGGCACCUUUGCCGUGGCCACCGAGAAGAGAUCGAAUGGUUCACAACGAACAUGGGAAGCCAGUUCGGAUAUGCAGAAAUAUGAUGAUAAAUAUACUUUGGUGCUUUCCGUUAAGGACUCGAAAUCAUUGAGAGAAGCCACCAGUGUUAAAUCAUGUGCCUUCUUUAUAGAUUCCAAUGGUUUUGUUGUCGAUAAGCAAGUAGCCAAUGAAGUUAAUCGUUUAUUCAACUCCUUGUCCGACGAAAGGAAAGAAAAAUAGCUUGUUGAUGAAGAGAGUUUGGUGACUAUGCAGGAUGAAAAGAAUGAAGAAGAAAAUAAUUUAAUGUUAGAAGAGAUCAUAACGACACAAACUUUGUGUGUUUAAAUGAUAAAGAAGAAUGAAAUAUAAUAAAUGCUAAAUAAAAAGUAUUAAAUAUUAA